AUGUUAAAAACUGGUAAAGAUGACACCAUCAUAAGCAAUGGCACGCAAUCGCACUGCCCCGCCGCACCAGCCUCUCUGUUUCUAUCAGAACCCGGAAGCGGCGCGUGCGCAAUGGCGGCAGAAGGAACGGCAGCAGCGGAGCUCCAGCUGGAGGAGGGCAACAACGAGCUAAACGGCGGCUUCGGACAGCUCGUAGAAGAGAAUGAGGUUGGGGACGAUAUCGGCUACGUACCCUACAGGGACAGAGAGGAAUGGGCAGAUAUUAAACCUGUCCCUCAAAAUGAUGGCCCAAAUCCUGUUGUUCAGAUCAUCUACAGUGAAAAAUUUCGAGAUGUCUAUGAUUACUUCCGGGCUGUUCUGCAGCGAGAUGAGAGAAGUGAAAGAGCUUUCAAACUAACAGCAGAUGCCAUUGAGCUAAAUGCUGCAAACUACACAGUAUGGCAUUUCCGGAGAGUUCUAUUGCAGUCUUUGGGAAAGGAUCUCCAUGAGGAACUUAAGUAUAUUACAGCUAUCAUUGAAGAUCAGCCAAAGAAUUACCAAGUCUGGCAUCACAGACGGGUGUUGGUGGAGUGGCUGCAGGAUCCAUCCCAAGAGCUUGAGUUCAUAGCUGACAUUCUUAACCAAGAUGCCAAAAAUUACCAUGCGUGGCAACACAGACAAUGGGUUAUUCAGGAGUUCAAAUUAUGGGACAAUGAACUGGAGUAUGUAGACCAGCUUUUGAGAGAAGAUGUGAGAAACAACUCUGUUUGGAACCAACGACACUUUGUAAUUUUCAACACCACUGGCUAUGACGAUCCAGCAAUCCUAAACAGAGAAGUACAAUACACUCUUGAGAUGAUCACAGCAGUGCCACAUAAUGAAAGUGCUUGGAACUAUUUAAAAGGAAUUCUACAGGACUAUGGUCUUUCUAAGUAUCCAAGUCUAUUAGAGCAACUGUUGAAUUUACAGCCUAGUCACAGUUCACCCUACCUGAUUGCCUUUCUUGUGGACAUAUAUGAAGAUAUGCUUGAAAAACAGUGUGAUAACAAGGAAGAAACACUAAACAAGGCAUUGGAGUUGUGUGAAAUUCUGGCUAACGAAAAAGACACCAUCCGGAAGAAAUACUGGCGAUAUGUUGGGAAAUCACUUAAGAGCAAGCACAGUUCAGGCACAGAACAGAGCUCACUGACGGACCACCAGCAGUAACUGAACAUGGAACAAAACCGUGUUAAGCUCUGAAGCUGUUCUGAAGCAGUACUAAGUAGGAUCAUAGCUUAAAAUCCAGUGUUGUGUUCCAAUGGUGAAGAGGUAUUGCAGUGAAAGAGGAAUGUGGAGUACUAUGUAACCUUGGGUUCUUUUAUGCUACCGGUGUUAGCUCUAGGUGGGCUCAAGAAAUGUGUAAAACCUAAAUUACAGAAAUAAGAUAAAGGGUUUAUUUCUCAAUAAUGUAGGAGUUUUUAUAAGGCACUAAACCAAUUUCUUAUGCUGUAGCUUAGCUACUUGAGGUUCCUAACUCACAUCUGUAGUAAUGACUGUAGGUAUAGAAUCUAACAAGUUUUAGUUGCAAGAGACUUUUAACCUAAUCAAGACUAACUGUUAACCCAGCAUUGCCAGGUCACCACUGAACCAUGUUCCUAAGCACUGCAUCUACACGUCUUUGAAAUCCCUGCAGCACUGGGGACUUGAUUGACUCCCUGAGCAGCCUGUUUCUGUGCUUUACUGUGUCUGUGAAGAAUUUUUUGUUAAUACGCAACUUAAGCCUCCUCAUGCACAACUUUCCUCUUGUCCUAUAGCUUGUUACUUGAGUGAGGAUACUGACCCCCAUAACCUCCUUUCAAGUAGUUGUGGAGAGCAACACUUUUCUCCAGGCUAAACAGCGUCCAUUCCUUCAGUCACUCCUCAGAAGACUUCUGCUCUAGGCCCUCCAGCAGCUUCAAUGCCCUUUGGAUGUGCUUCAGCAACUCAGUGUCUGUCUUGUGGGUAUAAAGUAACCUGUGGAUAAGUGCAAGAAGGUUCAACAGUUGUUUGUA